AUGGACGAGAUGUGGAUAUCAUCUUUAUUAACGGUGUGUGUUGUUUUCACUUGGAUUGUACCUGGACAUGUAACAGGGAAACGUGUAGAUGGAACUUUGACCACACUUGAGGACUGGCAUUUCAUCACCAGAUUCUGCUUUUUAUCAGAGAAGGGGAGGCUGAGAUAUGUGUUCGAGUACCCAGAUACCUAUCUAUACCAAAGUAUUCUGCUAUAUUAUGAUGACUUGAGUCAGUGGAGCGAGGCCUACCCCAGUGAUAAGACAUGUGAGCAGAAGGUGAACAUCCUGAGAGACGGUAAAAAUCAAAUCAUUACCCUGAAUCCAUUAAAUGGGAAAGACUACUGGCCUUACUGUGAAAGUGUCAACAAGGGAGGGCUAAUAUACAUUCACUGCGAGCUUUCCGGCCUUGGCCUCAAGUUUCGGUCAAUGAGGGAGCGAUGGUGGUUUAUAGCAGUUAGUCGCUGUGAUCAGACUCGAGGGACUGGCCGAGGCCUGAACUUGACCUACAGCCUCCACUUGACAAAUGGGGAUGAUGGAGAUCUACUUCACCAGGAAUUCUCAGCUGAUGAAUUUUACAUCCUGCCAAUUAUGAUCUCCUUCCUCAUCGCUUACAUCAUCAUCUUGGUUGUGUCAAUCAUAUUUGCAGUGAUCCUCUCUGGUCGCCAACUCCUCCAUGUAACAUUUAAAAUGUACAUCAGUAGUGUGAUUGUGUGGUCCUUUGGUCUGCUUCUACUCUGUAUAUCUUACGGUCGGUAUGCUGGCUCCGGAUACGAACAAAAUGGCUCAAAGCUUGCAGGUCGAGUGUUUUGUGCAGCCGGUGAGAUAUUCUUCCUGCUCAUGUUGAACCUUCUGGCAAAGGGUUAUACAAUUACCCGGGGUCGUCUUCCUUGUCACAGUACCGUCAAACUCUCAGUGUUUUUCACAGUGUACGUUGUGGCCUACGCUGCACUGUUCAUUGUUGAGGCAGAAACAUUUGAUCCAGCCCUGGUUCUGUAUAUCUACGAGAGUGUCCCUGGGUAUGGACUCAUCACCCUCCGACUCCUGGCUUGGGCCUGGUUUUGUUACAGCAUUUUUUUUACACUGAAGCGUUUUCCACGACGCGGAGGGUUCUACUAUCCAUUCUUCUUCCUUUACACACUGUGGUUCUGGGCUGGUCCAAUUGUCAUCCUGAUUGCAAUGUUCGCCAUGGCAGUGUGGACACGAGAGAAAACAGUUGUCGCUGUACAGAACUUUGUCCAAUUCUGUGGUCACAUAUUCUUCUUGGUACUGACCCGACCUAAUGCAGCUCACGGAAACUUUCCCUACACAAUCAGAACCAGUCAGAUCCAGGCGACUGGGGAUGGUGAGAGCUUUGGCGGAGACGGAGAGAGAUAUAUUGUGACAUCAGAAGCUUCAUCAUCUACUGGUCCAGAUCUCACCUCACUCUUUGUUACCUCUAAUACCUCAAAAUCUCGCAUGGACGGUGACAGUGACAUACUGCCUCCAUCCUACGAUGAAUCCACACAAAUGAAUGGGACGAACAAGGGUUUUGAGCUUGAUACUGUUGCUCAACCCUCAGCACCACCUAUGUACCCAGGCUACAGACCAUAA